UUAUAUACAUACAUUAGCACUAAGAGACUCUAAAUGAUUUACUGAUCCACCAAGUUUCCUGCAAAUUAAUUAUAUUUGUCCAACCACGUCUACUAUCAAACCUCAUAUUUUUAGGGGAAAAACGCAAAAAGAAAAAUGAAGAUUUCUCUAGUCAUUCAAGACAAUAAAAUUGUUGUAUCUCUCUUGUUAAUAUGUUGGUGUCUUCGUCUUCCGUUACUUGGUGAAGGUUGUCCUACAUGUUCUUCUACACACACUCAACGUCAAGACAAAACAUUACCACAUAUGACUUCAAAUGUCAAUGAAGUCUCUGGAAAAUCCUUUGAUUAUAUAAUAGUUGGAGGAGGUACCACUGGCUGUCCCUUGGCUGCAACCUUGUCUGAAAGAUUUUCAGUGCUCUUAGUUGAACGAGGUGGUUCACCGUACGGAAAUCCUUUAGUAAUAGACAAGAGGUUCUAUGGAUUAUCCUUAAUCCAAACCGAUGAAUACUUAUCGGUUGCUCAAAGGUUUGUCUCCGACGAUGGCAUUCCAAAUCUUCGAGGCAGGGUUUUAGGAGGCUCGUCAGCUUUGAACGCUGGUUUUUACAGUAGGGCAAGUGGGGAUUUUGUCAAACGGGUUGGGUGGAAUGAGGAGAUGGUGAAAGAUGCUUAUGAAUGGGUCGAAUCUAAAGUAGUUUUCAAACCUAAGUUGACUCCAUGGCAGAGGGCUACUGAAUCUAGCUUUCUUGAAACUGGGAUUUUACCAUAUAAUGGUUAUAGUCUUGAACAUAUUGAAGGUACAAAGGUUGGUGGGAGUAUUUUUGAUCAAUGUGGAAAAAGACACACCUCAGCUGAUCUUCUAAUGGCAAGCAAUUCAAAAAACAUGACAAUUCUUUUAAAUACCACAGUAAUGGAUGUAAUCUUUGGAAAUAAUGGUAAAACAGCAGAGAAAAUAGCUUUGGGAAUAAGGUUCAUCAAAAGUGAUGGAAGCUCACAUAUAAUUCAUAGAGUUUAUCUCAACCAACCAAAUGAUUCUAGCUCAUGGGGAGAUGUUAUAUUAGCAGCUGGGGCACUAGGCAGCCCUCAAAUUCUAAUGUUAAGUGGCAUUGGUUCUUAUAAGCACCUAAAGAAUUUCAACCUAACGUUAGUGACUGACUUGAAGAGAGUUGGUCAUGGAAUUCAAGAUAACCCUGCACUUUCCAUUUUGGUGGACUCUAAGCCCCAGAAACGAUUACCAGAUACACCCCAAGUUGUGGGCAUUGUUGAUAAGUUCAAAAUUAUAAUGGAAUCAGGAAUUGUGCCAGUUAGUUUCAACCAAACUAGAAUUCGAAUAUCUGCCAAACUUGCUUUCCCAUACUCAAAAGGGAAGCUAGAAUUGAAUAACACAAAUCCCAGAAAUAACCCAUCAGUCAAAUUCAACUAUCUAGCCAGGGAAGAAGACUCAAGAGGGUGUAUAAGAGUGGCCAAGUUGCUGCAAAAGGUUGAGAGAUCUCACUCAAUUGCUUUGUUUUUGGGUACAGAGAAACACAAGAACUAUGUACUGAAUAUGACUUCUGAAGAUGAGCUGAAAAAGUUUUGCAAGAACAAUGUGAGGACCUUUUACCAUUACCAUGGAGGCUGCAAUGUCGGAUCUGUGGUUGACAAAGAAUACAGGGUUUACGGGGUUAAUGGACUGAGAGUGGUGGACGGCUCAACUUUCUCUGAAUCACCAGGAACAAAUCCAAUGGCCACACUCUUAAUGCUCGGAAGGUACCAAGGAAAAAAGAUUCUUCAGGAGAGAAUGAGCACUGCAAAUUGCGACCAACAACACCGAUGAUAUAGACUAUAAUUAUGUAGAUUCAAAUCUCAAUAAAGAAAUGCUUUGAAAAAAUCUAAUAAAUAAUGACAAAAUAUCUCAACUCUGUUUGUGUGGCGUAUCAUUGGUAUAUGUUGGGUGUGACUGUGGCGCUUGCAAUAUUAUAUACAAUAAAUAAAUAAAUAAAUGAAUUCUGUUAAUUA